AUGCUCGCCUCGUUUCUCUCUGUGUCAACAACUUUCGUUGGCGUCCUUUCAUGGCUUAUUCGUCAGCAAUAUCGUCGAGUACAACAACGGAAUAGUGCUCGUCGUCGAAUUCAGUCUUAUCAAUCUUCGUCAUUGUCGCCGAUAUCUAAACCUGAUCCAUUGGAUCAUUCAAUGUAUUGGUAUCCUGUAGCAUUUUCACAUGAAAUCACCUGUGAUAAAAGGCGACCUUUUGGUUUUCAUCUACUCAACGAAUCCUUAUGUUUGUAUCGAACCAAGGACGGACAGGUCGUAUGUGUACUUGACCAAUGUCCACAUCGAUCGGCUCCGCUAAGUUUGGGUCGAAUAACAAAAGCGGGUAAUCUCGAAUGUGUCUAUCACGGAUGGCAAUACGGUGCCGAUGGACGAUGUGUGCAUAUUCCAUCUGUAUCGAAAGAUUCAAAUAUGGCUUCACUUGUGUCUGCUCGAACGCGACCAAUUCAUGAACAAUACGGAUUCAUUUGGGUAUGGCCUGGAAAAUCAGAACGAGCUCACAUGGAUUUGAUUCCACACCGUCUUUUUGCCGAUGUUCAAAAUGCAAAUCAUAAACUUCUUUUGACAUCGGAAAACUCGUGUUAUCUUAACAUUCCCUAUGAACUCAUGAUCGACAAUGCACUCGAUAUAGCUCAUGUCGAUUUUAUACACGAUGGAACAAUUGGUAAUCGUUCACAAGCAUCAUGCAUUCGAUCCGAAGCUCUUACACCUAGUCCAUAUAAUUUAUUGAAUAUUGAAUCAGUAUCAUUCAAAGUCGAACGAUAUGAACGACCAUUACCACUUUCAUCGACUGCAUUGAGUCACGUGCAUUUUAUUCCACCUUGUUUUGUUCGUUUGGAUCAUUAUGGCCACAAAGCGGGGCGUCUUUUCGUUCAAAUCUUUAUUGUUUUACCAAGUGCUCAACAGAAGAUGCGUCUCAUGAUGCAAUUCUAUAGUAAUUUUGCUAAUUACAAAUGGAUCGAAUAUAUUCCUGGCUAUGAUUAUUUCUCAGAAAGACUUAAUAACAAAAUUGUCAACGAAGAUAUGUUAUUACUUAAUGGAAUUCAUCGAAACAUUGCAGAAAUGGGAGCAAAAGCAUUAGGUGUGAUGGUGUCAGCCGAUGGACCGAUCAAAGUGUUUCGCCAAUAUCAUUCAAGAGCAUUGACCAAAUUUGAAACGAUCUAUAAAUACGCACAAAAACAAACAUGA